AUGGCCUUCACUUCACCAUUAUCGACCUGGAGUUCGGGACAGCAAUUGAGUCUUGCAUUGGUUAUCUUGGCACUGGCUCUCGUGUCAGUCGUUAUCUAUGGCUGCUUCUUGCAUCCUCUCCGCCGCAUUCCUGGCCCAUUUCUGGCCAAAUUCUCUCCGCUAUGGAUUAUGAGGGCUCUGCACCGCAUGAGAUUCAACUCGGAACUGCAAUCUCUUCAUCAACAAUACGGACCUGUUGUGCGAGUCGGACCCAACGAAGUCUCGUUUGCUUCACUUGAAGCGGAAACAGCAAUUUACGCGAAACAAGAGGAUGGUCGCUUUUCCAAGGAUGGGACCUUCUUGACGCUCUUCUCGGACCUCGUAUUGAACGCUCCGACCCUCAUCACCAUACCUGACCCUACACUUCACAGGAAAUUGCACAAGGUGAUCCAGCAAGCCUUCACCCCUCAGGCGCUUGCAAGGCAAGAACCUAUCCAGAAGCUGCAUAUUGACAUGGCCAUGUCCGAAUUCGAAGAACUUGCCAAGAGCGGCGGUACCGUGGACAUCGCUGACACGUUGGAGACGAUGUUCUGGGAAAUCAUUGGUGAUCUUGCUUUCGGCGAACCUCUCAUGUCUGGAAAGCGCCCUACUUACGAGUCAUUGAAGCAGCUUGGUAAAUCUACGAUGCCCAUGGUCGAAGCCUUGAGCUUUUUCCUCGCCCUGCCUGGGAUUGCCCCAGUACUUGGGAUUGCUAGAAGCCUCAUCACAGCAUUGCCGUUUCCGUCGCAACUCUCCAAGCUUGUGCCGUCUUCGAAGUUGCGCGACUGUGCCGAAAGGCAAGACGGAAGAGAAGACUUCUUGACCGCUAUCAUGGGCAGCGAGAAGCAGGACCUGACGCUCGACGCGGAUGCAUUCUUCAGUAAUGCCAUGGGGCUGACGUACGUACAAACCGAUCUCCUCAAUGCGACUUUUGCUUAUAUAUAUCACAGCCUGGCCGGAUACCAGACAACAGCUACGACACUGUCCGCCACUUUCUACCACAUCUUGCGCUAUCCUGAGGCGUAUAACAGAGUUUGCUUCGAGAUCCGCUCGACCUUUGCCAGUGACGAAGAAAUCACAGGAGCGCGGCUCGGCAGGCUGCCAUUCCUGAACGCCUGUAUCCGAGAGACCCUGAGGUUACUUCCACCCGCAAACGGCAAAACUGCACAGCGUACUGCUCCUUCAUGCACCAUAGAUGGGGUGCACAUCCCUGCCGGUACCACAGUCUCCGCUGAUCUUUACACAAUCCAAAGGUCGCCGGAGUAUUUCGUAGACCCCGCCAGCUUCCGCCCCGAGAGAUGGCUCGAUGGUGCGGAAGACACCGAGUUCAAGGGGGACAACAGGACCGCUUAUCGUCCUUUCCUCAUUGGAAGUAGGGCAUGUAUCGGCAGGGAGAUGGCGCAGCAGAGCAUCCGACUCAUUGUUGCAAAAUUGCUUUGGAGAUAUGACUUUCAGCAGCUGGAUCAGGACGGAUUUGUUUGGGAGCGCGACGCCGGCAGUAGUCUUAUUUACACGGACUACAAGAUCAUGGUGCAUGUGAUGAAAGCCAGCGGCAGAUCAUAA